CCACACAGAAACUCUCCAAGGUCAGUGGGGGAGCCCAGAUCCCAUGGAGGCGGCGGGCUGCAGCUACCAGUUUCGGAUCGCUCUGCUCGGGGACGCGGCGGUGGGCAAGACCUCACUGCUGCGGUGCUACGUGGCGGGCGCGCGGGGGGCGGCGGAGCCGGAUUCCGAACCCACUGUGGGCGUGGAGUUCUACAGCCGCGCGCUGCGGCUGCCUUCUGGGCUGCGGGUCAAGCUGCAACUCUGGGACACCGCAGGCCAAGAGCGCUUCAGGUGCAUCACCAGAUCCUUCUACCGGAACAUGGUGGGUGUUCUGUUGGUCUUUGAUGUGACCAACAGAGAGUCCUUUGAACACAUCCAAGCCUGGCAUCAGGAGGUCCUAUCCACUCAGGGCCCUGACAAGGUGGUCUUCUUACUGAUUGGCCACAAGUGUGACCUGAGCACCCGAUGCGUCUCCACUCAGGAGGCAGAGGAAGUUGCUGCCUCCCUGGGCAUGGCCUUCAUGGAGACCUCAGCCAAAAGUAACUACAAUGUGGACCUGGCCUUUGACACUGUCGCCAGAGCCAUCGAACAGGCCCUGCAGCAGGGGGACAUCAAACUGGAAGAGGACUGGGCAGGUGUCCGGCUCAUCCAUAGAGCCCCAAACCCUAGAUCCCCCAGCAGGAAGCAGGACUCAGGCUCAUGCCAGUGUUGACUCCAGGAGAGAAAGGGUUAAAGUGGUACCAGACUCCUGGUGAGACCAGAGGGCCACAGACAGACAAACAGACAAAUACCAACAGUCUCCUGACAUGUUCCUGUCUUCUAAUUCUUGGGAUUUUUUUUUCUUCAUCAGGGAUUCUAGCUACAGCCAGCCUCAACUGUCUUAUAUUUUCAGAAUGGAUCUUGCUACAUGGCCUGGGCUGGCCUUGAAUUAGUUACCUUCUUGUGUGAUUGAGAUUACAGAAGUGCUCCACUAGGCCAGAGCCUCUCCUGGGUUUUUACUUCUCUGCACCAUUCCUUUCUAGAGGAAAAUCUAAGAUCUGGUGUGUGGUUGAUAGUGACUUGUGGCAGAGUAUAAAUGCCUGUAAUCUCCUAGCUUGAAAGGCAGAGACAGCCUGGCAGUGGUGGC